GUUAAAUACAGAAAAAAAGGAAUAGAAACUUUUGCUUCCUUCAUGUGACUGAAUCAUAUGAAACCCCCAGUCAACAGAAAUGAGUUUUUAGAACACAUCCUCAGAUGACAGCUGUGUAUUUUGGCUUGAAGACAAACUGAUGCAUACACAAAACUUGGAUUACACCAACAACAGGAGGAUGUUCCCGACACAUUGAAACCCGAGGACUAGUAUGAGCAAAGCUGAUCGGGGGGUCUGCAAUAACUUGUCACUGUGUUUGGGAACAAUACUUGAGAAUAUCCAAUGGACUGCUUGUUCCGCCGGGUUACACAGUGAUAUUUGAUCUGUCAAUGCCAUUUUCUGACCACACGUCCUCUGAGAGGGCAAAGAGAUGCAGAUGCCAGGGUGGGAUGCGGACUUGCCUGCCUAAGACAUUAUAUCACUGAUAUUUUUUUGGGGGGGGUUUGUUUUUACUUUAGCAGUGAAAUGUUGGGAAUCCUGAUUACUUGUAGAAUAUCAAAAUUUUGUUUUAGUCUUGUGUCUGACGUGCAUAUUCAUUGUUUCAUCUAAAUCAAAAAAAGUUGAUUUGAAUCAAUGUCUUGGCAUAGUGAAAUCUGCCAUAAUCUUAUUUGUUACAUCAGAUGUGAAGUUUUGCCUGAUGACUUUUUUCUGAGUUAUUAAAAAGAAAUGAACUCUGCUGAGUACAUUUUCCUCUUUUGAGGUAUUGUGAGCGUCACCACAGGAUUCUCUUCUGCUUUUGGAUCUUUGAAUGGCAAGGCUCGAGAGAGAUGAUAGUUAACCCUUACAGCUACUUGACCAAUAGUAAGCUUUCUGUCUGACAACUGGGGCCCUGGGCCCAUCACAGAGGCUGCUAUGGAAGCCAGUAAUACAUAUAAAAGCAUGACAGGGCUGACGCAUGAUUGGCCGGUCCAAGCGUCCACAUUCUCUGAGCAGUUUGAGUGUGUGGAUGGGCUAGGAAAUUAUGAUACUGUAAAUAAUUUCGUCAUUCCAGCCUCAGGAGCAACCGAACCCAGGGCCCAGAAUUCACUGCGGCACAGCUGGGAAAUGAACUACCAGGAAGCAGCAAUAUACCUACAGGAGGGAGAGAACAAUGACAAGUUUUUCACUCAUCCACGGAAUGCAAACGCGCUCAGCGCCUACCUGUUCGCUCAUAAUCAUCUGUUCUACAUAAUGGAGUUGCUGACUUCAGUGUUGCUCAUGCUCCUGUCCCUCUCUGAAGCUCCUGCAGUCCCCUCUCUCCGCCUGGACGUUUAUGUUCAUGCUACUCUGGAGUUGCUGGCGUUGGCGAUGGUGGCGUUUGAGUUGUGUAUGAAGCUCCGGUGGCUUGGCUUUCACACAUUCAUACGCCAUAAGAGGACCAUGGUGAAGGGGUGUGUCCUGUUUAUUCAGUUCAUCGAGGCGAUUGUAGUCUUAGUUCGGCAGACGUCCCACCUGCGUGUGACGAGAGCCCUGCGGCCCAUCUUUCUGGUGGACUGUCGUUACAGUGGAGCUGUUCGCAGAAACCUGCGGCAGAUAUUUCAGUCUCUUCCACCCUUCAUUGAUAUUCUACUGUUGCUGCUUUUCUUCAUGGUCAUCUUUGCCAUUCUGGGUUUCUGUCUGUUCUCCCGCAACCCGGCCGAUCCUUAUUUCAACACAUUGGAGAACAGCAUUGUGAGUUUGUUUGUCCUACUGACAACUGCAAACUUUCCAGAUGUAAUGAUGCCAGCGUACUCAAAGAAUCGUUGGUCGUGCAUUUUCUUCAUUGUGUAUUUGUCCAUCGAGCUCUACUUCAUCAUGAACCUGCUCUUGGCGGUAGUCUUUGACACCUUUAAUGGAGUCGAGAAGAUGAAGUUUAAAUCUUUGCUUCUACACAAGCGGUCUGCCAUCGACCACGCCUUCCAGCUGCUGGUCAGUCGACAGAGGCCAUAUGGAGUGUCUCUGAAGCAGUUUGACGGACUGAUGCGAUUCUAUCGGCCUCGAAUGAACGCACGGGAUUGUUUUCUCACCUUUAAGGCCCUUAACCAAUCAGGCGCAACUAUGUUGAGCCUCCAGGACUUUUAUAGGUUUUAUGAGGUGAUCGGGCUCAAGUGGAAGGCUCGACGGAGUGGGGAGCACUGGUUUGAUGAGCUACCUCAUACUGUCUUUCUAAUCUUUAAAGGAAUUAAUUUACUUGUGAAGUCCAAAGCCUUCCAAUAUGCAAUGUAUCUAGUAGUAGCGAUUAAUGGCAUUUGGAUCCUGGUGGAGACAAACAUGUUAAAUGAUGGGGUCUCGUGGACUCAUGUCGUCCCCUGGAGUUACAUUGUUUUCCUCACAAUUUAUGGCAUCGAGGUCUUUUUGAAGAUUACGGGUCUUGGUCCUAUGAUAUAUUUCAGCUCGGGAUGGAACCUCUUUGAUUUCUCAGUAACAGUUUUUGCCUUUCUGGGAUUGAUUGCUUUGGCCUUUGACAUGGAGCCGUUUUACUUCAUUGUGGUGUUGAGACCUUUUCAGCUUCUCCGGUUGUUUAAAAUUAAGCAGCGUUAUCGGAACGUACUGGACACAAUGUUUGAACUGUUCCCACGUAUGGCCAGUCUAGGUCUGACUCUGAUUAUCUUCUAUUAUUCCUUCGCCAUCGUUGGAAUGGAGUUUUUCGCCGAUGUUGUUUAUCCAAACUGCUGCAACACCAGCACUGUUGCUAAUGCAUAUCGUCAGAUUAAUGAAACCAUUGGCAACCGGACUGUGCUGUUGGAGGGAUAUUACUAUCUCAACAACUUCAAUAACAUCCUGAGCAGCUUUGUCACUUUAUUUGAGCUAACGGUGGUGAACAACUGGUACAUCACUAUGGAAGGCAUCACGUCCCAAACAACCCAUUGGAGUCGCCUAUAUUUCAUGACUUUUUACAUUGUCACCAUGGUUGUCAUGACUAUAAUUGUCGCCUUCAUACUGGAUGCGUUUGUCUUCAGAAUGAACUACAGUCGGAAGAACAGAGAGCCACUGGGAGACCCAGGAGAUGAAAAAGGGAUCGUAUUUGAGACAGAGGUAUCUCAAACCGAAGCUCUUCAGACUCUGGACUUAUACAAACACACACUGCGCAACACAAAUCUAAGCUCACUUCAGGGGAUGUGUGCGACUCUGGAGCGGUGCGGGUCUUCAUUAGUGUUUCGGGGUCGAAGGUCACGUACCAAGAGCGACCUCAGUAUGAAGAUGUAUGAGGAAGAGAUUCUGGAAUGGUACGAGGAGUAUUCCACGGCAAACCUUCAACCUGAUGAGACAUUCCACAGAAGUCUGAACAGCCCUGACGCCGAUGCAACAGACAGCAUAAAUUAACUCGCACACACUUACACAAACUCUGAACAAUGCCACAGCAUCAACUAACACACUCACUUGUACCUCUGAGAGACCUUGGGUGCGUGUUCCUCAUCAAGAUGGAAAGCACAGGUGCACGCCGUGACAACUCCUUUCUCCCUGCUUCCACAGGGAGACCCAUAGAACAUCUUCACUUAAAGCCUUAUUCCCCGCCUCUAAAAAUGGUUCCAUGGCCAAUCAGGGAAGCUUAAAGACCAAUCACGUGACAUGCACUAUGUCCAGGAACCGCCCCCUGCCCCUCCACGAAUGCACCACAUGACAUUUGCUUUUUGCUGGAGGGCACUGAAUGAUUCUCUUAUGGAUUGGUCAAAUUGACACCAGCAAUUGAAUGUAUCUCUGGGAGAUGAAGCAGAACUGAAUGUGAGGACUUUCGCACUAAGGGCUCUGUUUCUCCAGAGUCAGAGGUAUUGCUUAACCAACAGAUAAACAAUGAUAAUAAACUAAUGCGGUUUUUAAACUAAAGCUGCUGUUUGCUGGGACCUAAAGAGAGGCUUGUUUUGCUCUUUAUAUGGAAAUGAAUGCACACCAAUUUUGUGUAUUAUCAAGUAUUUAAAUCACCGAUACAUCCACCGAUUUGUCAGUACAGGUGAGUUUUGAAAAACCAGGCCUCAGCCUUUCAGAUUAUUCAAAGUAUAUAUUGUGUCUCAUUCUUAUCAUGUAAUCCUUACCCAUAACCUCUCCGCAUUUUGUGUAGGAUCCAAUUCAGAUGCAGUCACAAUCGUAGUGUUAAAGUAUACAGUUUUAUUAUUUUAAUUAAUUCCUCAUGCCAGAUUUCACUCCAAAUUCGUUCCCAAACCAAAAUAUUCUUAACAAACAAUAGUGUGUGAAGAUGAGUUUAAUAUUUUGUUGUUUUACACACAGUGCUUAUACACAAACUUAUUUAUUUAUAACAAGAAAAGCAAUAGAUUUACAUAUAUUUUGACCGUUAUCAGCAUUAUAUUAUUUUAUUAAUGUCCUUAUGCUUUUAAAUGAAGUUGAAAGCUGAUAAAUAAUUGUUUACUCUCAUCUUCUGACUUGAAGGGUCAUUUCUGCACAACUUGGUUGUUGGUUGUAUUUGCACUGUAAGAUGCACAGCCUAAAUGCUCCCAGUAUAAGGGAACAUGAUGCGUACAAAAUUGACACCAAAACCACACCAGCUCCUCAUAUAAUGUAGGAUUAACCUGUGUAUCAGUCCUCUGUCUUUGUUCUUUUGUACAUUUACAGUAAUUACUAGUAAAAAAUACAUUUUAAUGAAA